GUUAAAAGCAUUAGGCGAUAUCUUUGUUUUUCGGUAAACUCUGUUUCUUGAUCUUUCGCUUUUACUUUCACAAAACUUAUCGUUUCAAUGGGGAAGAAAUCUAAACUGCAGAAACUCAAUGUUGCUACUGAAACGAAUCAGGAUCCUACACCGGAGAUACCAAUAAAUGGUUCAGACCAUCGUAUUGUAUCAAAGAAGGUAUCAAACCACAAAAGCAAUGUUAGGCGAUCCGGAAGGCUUCAAAGUGUAGUAAAGCCUGUUCAGAUUCAGAAUCAAGUGGUUGAACAAAUAGAUCUUUUAGAGAGCGAAAAAGAAGAGGAUCUUCAUGUUGAAAAUGCAAUUGAAAACCAUCUGGAAGAAGAAGAAGAAGAAGAAGAAGAAGAAGAAGAAGAAGAAGAAGAAGAAGAAGAAGAAGAAGAAGAAGAAGAAGAAGAAGAAGAAGAAGAAGAAGAAGAAGAAGAGCCAUGUAAUGAGGACUCGGGUGAUCAAAAGAUAAGAGAUGAACAGGUUCAUCAUCUUGUAAAAACAAUUGAAGAAUAUAAAUCCAAGGGAGGACAGGGGCCUGUUUCAAGUGAAAGCACAUCGGUUGGCUUAAUCUACAAGAGUUUAUACCUCGAUUCCCAAAAGAAGGUCUACCCAAGCGGUUAUUGUAUCGAAUCUUGAAAAGGCGAUUGAAGCAUUGGUUAGGCCUGCAUCAUACUUUUCUUCUAGCGGUGGUGAUGCUGAGGCAGGUGGUGGUGGUGGUGUGGUGGCUAAAGAGGAGUCAGCCAAGAAACGGAGAUAUAAUCAUGUCGUCUAGUGACAUGGCAUGGAUUGGUUUCUAAUCUUUUGGUGGGUGGUUUGAAACUUGGUCUUUGGCCAAUAUAUGGGAUCUUGAAAAACCGUGUUUUUUUUUUUGGUUUGAAAACUUAUCCCAAUCGUAUAUCUACCUAAGGAUAAUGAGACUGUUUUCAUAAAUAGAAUCACAACUUUUCAAAA